AUGGCUUUUAGACAAUAUAUAGAAUUUGCACAUUUGAGUAAUAUAGAUAAAAAUAGUAUUAAAAAGGAUAUAUUAAAUAAAAUAAAAGCUGAUGAAAUUGAUACAAAAAAGAGUAUAUAUAAAGUGUUCAUUUUUUAUCAAAAACCUGGAGAUUGCUAUAAAAAUGGAAUUAGUAUUAGAGAUAAAAAUGAAGCAUAUAUUGAUCUAAAUGAAGCAUUCAAAUAUUAUCAAAGAUCUUCUGACAUAGUUUGUACCAAUAGAAUGUAUAAAGUUGAAUGUGAUAGUAGAGUUAAAACUAAUGAAUAUAAGAUGUCUAUAUAUAAUUAA